AUGGCUGAACCUGAUAUUAAAAAAUGCUCGAAAUCUGUCUUGGACCAACUGAAAGAUAUCACCGUAGUUGUGGCUGAUACGGGCGAUUUUAAUGCCAUGAAGAAAUACAAACCUACUGACUCUACCACCAACCCAUCAUUGAUUUUGGCUGCUGCUAAUAUGACAGAAUAUGAUGAAUUAAUGUCUAAGUCUAUUCAAUGGGCUCAGACACAAGGAGGUUCCCCAGAAGAACAACUUACAAAUGCACUAGACAAAUUAAAUGUUUUGUUUGGAGAAGAAAUUCUAAAGAUCAUUCCUGGACGUGUGUCUACAGAAGUUGACGCCAGGUUUAUUUUAGUUUUUUUUUUUUCAUCAUCUCUCUCUCUCUUCAUCCUUCUCUCUCUCUCUCUCUUCAUCCUUCUCUCUCUCUCUUCAUCCUUCUCUCUCUCUUCAUCCUUCUCUCCUCUCUCUCUCUCUCUUCAUCCUUCUCUCUCUCUUCAUCCUUCUUCUCUCUUCUCUUCUCUCUUCAUCCUUCUCUCUCUCUUCAUCCUUCUCUCUCUCUUCAUCCUUCUCUCUCUCUCCUUCAUCCUUCUCCUUCUCUCUCUUCAUCCUUCUCUCUCUCUUCAUCCUUCUCUCUCUCUUCAUCCUUCUCUCUCUUCAUCCUUCUCUCUCUUCAUCCUUCUCUCUCUCUUCAUCCUUCUCUCUCUCUUCAUCCUUCUCUCUCUCCUUCUCUCUCUCUUCAUCCUUCUCUCUUCAUCCUUCUCUCUUCAUCCUUCUCUCUCUUCAUCCUUCUCUCUCAUCCUCUCUCUCUCUUCAUCCUUCUCUCUCUCUUCAUCCUUCUCUCUCUCUCAUCCUUCUCUCUCUCUCAUCCUCCUUCUCUCUCUUCAUCCUUCUCUCUCUCUUCAUCCUUCUCUCUCUUCAUCCUUCUCUCUCUCUUCAUCCUUCUCUCUCUCUUCAUCCUUCUCUCUCUUCAUCCUUCUCUCUCUUCAUCCUUCUCUCUCUCUUCAUCCUUCUCUCUCUCUUCAUCCUUCUCUCUCUUCAUCCUUCUCUCUCUCUUCAUCCUUCUCUCUCUCUUCAUCCUUCUCUCUCUCAUCCUUCUCUCUCUCUUCAUCCUUCUCUCCUUCUCUCUUCAUCCUUCUCUCUCUCUUCAUCCUUCUCUCUCUCUUCAUCUCUCUCUUCAUCCUUCUCUCUCUUCAUCCUUCUCUCUCUCUUCAUCCUCCUCUCUCUUCAUCCUUCUCUCUUUCAUCCUUCUCUCUCAUCCUUCUCUCUCUCUUCAUCCUUCUCUCUCUCUUCAUCCUUCUCUCUCUCUUCAUCCUUCUCUCUCUCUUCAUCCUUCUCUCUCUCUUCAUCCUUCUCUCUCUCUUCAUCCUUCUCUCUCUCUUCAUCCUUCUCUCUCUUCAUCCUUCUCUCUCUCAUCCUUCUCUCUUUCAUCCUUCUCUCUCUCUUCAUCCUUCUCUCUCUCUUCAUCCUUCUCUCUCUCUUCAUCCUUCUCUCUCUCUUCAUCCUUCUCUCUCUUCAUCCUUCUCUCUCUUCAUCCUUCUCUCUCUCUUCAUCCUUCUCUCUCUCUUCAUCCUUCUCUUCCUUCUCUCUCUCUUCAUCCUUCUCUCUCUUUCAUCCUUCUCUCUCUCUUCAUCCUUCUCUCUCUCUUCAUCCUUCUCUCUCUCUUCAUCCUUCUCUCUCUCUCAUCCUUCUCUCUCUUCAUCCUUCUCUCUCUCUUCAUCCUUCUCUCUCUCUCCUUCUCUUCUCUCUCAUCCUUCUCUCUCUUCAUCCUUCUCUCUCUCUUUCAUCCUUCUCUCUCUCUCCUUCUCUCUCUCUUCAUCCUUCUCUCUCUUCAUCCUUCUCUCUCUCUUCAUCCUUCUCUCUCUCUUCAUCCUUCUCUCUCUCUUCAUCCUUCUCUCUCUCUUCAUCCUUCUCUCUCUCUUCAUCCUUCUCUCUCUCUUCAUCCUUCUCUCUCUCUUCAUCCUUCUCUCUAGUUGA